AUGGCGCCAACAACGCCCUUUUACGGGCUCGACUCGGACGGCGACGAUGAGAUGGCUUUGCUCGAAGAGACGUUCAAGGAAACAUCAGUACCUUACGAUGAAGAGGUCGAGGUCUUUGCCAAAUAUCUAGACGACUGCGCCUUGGAGUCGGGCUCAACGCAACAGAAGCUUGCCAGGAUCUUUCGAUUGGUCGAGCAGUACUCGGACUACGUCAACGAACGGGCGCAAGCAUUGCGAGAGCGAUUAAGACUGGCCUCCACAGCCCGCCACGGCAAGCCUUCAUGGCAAAAUGCAUCCGACGACAAUACGGGCCAGGGUGGCGGUUCGACCCGGGAUGGUGCUCUGAGCCAGAGCGAGCGGCUGCAGCUCUGGGAGCAGGAGGCGCAAACGUGGGAUCUGCUGAAGCGCAUGUUACCACUGAGGUACGGCCAGAAGCCGAGCACCAACUCGCAAAAACACGGCCCUUACUGGAAUGAAUUCUUGGAGACGGUCGAGGGUGCUGCGGAGAACAAGGCGGUAUUGGAAUGGUUGCAGAUGAGCGCACGCGUGCGCCCAGAUAUUGACGACCUCGUGAAGGACCUGCAGCAGAACGCUGACCGGGGUGACAUUCUUGCCCACGGUUGGCUUCACACCAAGACUGCAAUCAAGAUGUACAAGACCCAUAUGCACAUGGCAGGGACAGUCGAUCCGCAGACGGCAGAUUCCACAGGCUCAAACCUCAAAUCAGCGAACGGACCCAUGGUGACACAACUCGAUCCCGAUGUUGUGAUCAGGCAAAAGCGGAAACUGGCGGCCCAAGACGAGUACUUUGAGCGAGCCAUCUGGCUCGGCUGCUUUGAGCUGCUUCGACGAGGACGCAGCAUGAGUGAGAUCAGGGACUGGUGCCAGGAGCGGACGGAAGCUUGGAGGGCAGUUAGCAUAUCCGGCUUGCCGCUAGCCUUGGACGGCCGUGGCGAGCCGCCCAUUGACGAUCCCAUGUCGGUAAUACUUUGGAGAAGGAUGUGCCUUCAGAUGGCUCGCAAUGGCGGCACCGACGACUUUGAGCGUGGCGUCUACGGCAUCCUUGCUGGAGACCGGGAAAAGGUGGAGGCUGUCUCUCGCGCAUGGGACGACUUCGUGUUUGCGCAGUACAACGCGCAACUCCGGGGACAGUAUGAUCAGUACUUGGUUGAGAAGUGCGGCCUCGGCCCUUCGUCACCACUAAGCCAGUUCGGCGCAGUCGAACUUCCCAGAUCGGGCCAUAGUUCAAAAUCAUACAUCGAUGGGCUUGUUCUGCGGCCAACAAUCAACAGUGAGGCCAAGUCGGUCUCCAGAACACUACACUCCUCCAUCCUCAGCAAUGGACUGGACGAGUUCUUGAUUCGGCAAGGCGAUAUGCUGGCCCUGGAGGCUAGAUCCAACAGCAAACAGAACGAGUUGAUGUCGAGGCUCCUUCCAUCACAGGAUGUUCACUUUUCGGCAAACUCGGUCGUCGGUGGGUUCGCAAACCUGAGCGACCACCAGUGGAUUCGGACCAUGAGCCAUAUCUUUAUCGCGAUUUCGGAACUUGAGUCCAUCGCAAAACCAGACCAGGCACCGGACCGUCGCCUGCCAACAAAGGAGCAUAUCCUGGUGUCCUACAUUGGCUAUUUGCGCCUGGCUGGCCUGGACGAACUCAUUCCACUGUACUGUGCAAAGUUGCAAGGCGAACGGCGGUACAUAUGCAUGAGCAGGAAUCUGAUUCACAUCACCGAUAGGGAGUUGCAGGUCAGGUUGCUGAGUCUCAUGAGCAAGAUGGGUCACAACAUGGUGGACUUUGUCAAUAUCCAGCCUCAGCUUUAUCUCGACGACAUUAGCGAAGCCGUGGAGGAUUCGCCGCUGUUGCACACCGAAAGGCAUGCUCUCCAAAUACUUGCACCGGGACCCCCAUCGCUCAAGUAUGGUCGUAUCAUAAAUCCUGGAGUUCUUGGAAACAACCCUACCGACCCAGAGGACACGGAAUUUGCUCUUCCAGACGAAUAUCUGAUCCGGUCAAUGGAAUGGAUGCUCCUUGUCACUGGACUAGUGCCAGAGACUUUUGAGUACGGCGUUAGAAUCUACAAAUAUUUCUUCAAGCAUAAGCGGCUAGUCGCCGCCAGGGCCCUUGCCGAGAGGGUAUCUUGCGCCGAGAUAUUACGUCUCAAAGCAAACUUGGCCAUUCCAGAUGAAGAGGAAAGUUUAGCCUGGUGGGACGACGUCUUUUCACCCGCCAACCUUGAGCCUGCCAUCGAUGCUAUGGAUGAAGACGACGUCACGCCAGAAAUCUCAAGAGAACAGCUUUCAAUCAUUGCCCGACCAUAUUACGAGCUGGAGAGCGCCAUCAAGGUGAUGGACUGUUUGGAGACGACGGCACACGUUGUGCACCAGACAAGAGAUGACGGCUCUCGCGAUCGUGAGGCUGCAAAGUCCCUGGCCGAUAAUGCCAAGCUCAUCAAGGGCUACAUGAAGCCGUUGUUGAAAGAUUGGCUUCUAACCAGCAAGAAUUAUCGCAAAGAAUUCAUCCAGCUACGUGAGAUGUACCUCCCAGAGUUGGUGAUAGGUUACGCGAGUGCACUUCAUGCAGCGGGAACCUCAUCCACUCGUGACUAUCUACUCGAGUGCAUGGACUUGGCGGCGCAGAUUGCAGCCGAGGGUUCGGACCUGGCGGAACUACUGGUCAAGACGGGCCGCAUGAAGGAGCUGCUCGAGUCGUUCGCGUCUUGCAGUAAGGCUUUGGCCAUCUGGACGACCGACCUGAAGAAGGGGCAGGGACCAAACUCGAAGAAGUACCGCGAGACGGGCUGGUCGAGGGAGCUCUGGACUAUCAAGCCUUGA